AAACAAAUAUGUUUUUUUCAGGUUUUCCAUUUUUCGAAGAAGGAUCACAGGGUGGUCAUUAAAGAUAAUAAAAAGAAACUGAUACAUAGAAACUAUACGAUAUCCUUGGUGUUCCUAAAGAUGCUACAACUGCUUAAAUAAAAAAAUCUUUUAUGCAACAUGCAAAAACACAUCACCCUGACAGAGGAGGAAAUUCAGAAAAGUUCAAAGAAUAUUAAUAGGCAUAUGAAAUAUUAUCGGAUCCUAAUAAAAGGGAACUUUAUGAUUAAUAUGGAUUGGAAGGUGUAGAAAAUGGAGGGGGAGGUGGCCAUGAAGAUAUAUUCGAUAUAUUAACAGGAGGUGGUAAUAGAGGUGUAAAAAACAAAAGAGGAAUGUAAAAAAUGAGAGGAGUAAAAGCAGAAUUAGAAGUAACUUUAGAAGAAUCAUAUUUGGGAAAAACCGCAAAAAUGCCUUUCUAAAGACAAAGAAAUUGCGAAACUUGUGAUGGAAAAGGAGGUUCUGAAGUUAAAUAAUGUACAACAUGUAAAGGAAGAGGAGUUCAAGUUAAAACAAUAUAAAUGGGUCCUAUGAUUUAGCAAUUUUAAUAAGAAUGUGGCACUUGUAAAGGUGAAGGAAAAAUAAUUAAUGAAAAGGAUAAAUGCAAAUCAUGCAAAGGAAAUAAAGUCUAUGCUUAAAAAUCUACUUUAGAUAUUCCUAUUGAUAAGGGUGCAUAUGAUGGACAAGAAAUUAUUAUGCAUGGAGAAGCCGAUGAAGCUCCAGGAUAUAUGGCUGGUGAUUUACAUGUAAUAGUAAAGACUAAACCUCAUAAAGUUUAUUAAAGAGAAGGAGCUGAUUUAAUAAUGAAGAAAAAAAUAUCACUUCUCGAAGCUUUGACUGGAUUCUGUUUCAAAAUACAAACAUUAGAUAAUACAGAAGUCUAAAUUGCAACUAAUCCUGGAGAAAUUAUAUUUGAUGGUGCUAAAAAAAUUGUAAAAGGUUAUGGUAUGCCAUUCUAUGGCGAUAGUAUGUCACAUGGUAAUCUUAUUGUUGUUUUUGAAGUCGAAUUUCCUAAAACUGGAUCUUUAUCUGAAUAAUAAUUAAAAAAAUUGGCUGAAAUACUUCCAGGUCCUAAGCCCAAAUAAGUAGAUAUUAGUAAAGAUGAUAUCUUAAUGCUUGAAGAAUUUGAUCCUCAUACUACAAAUCCUAAUGAAGAAGGAGGAAAAAGAGGUGAAGAAGAUGAUGAAGAAGAUGAAAAAUCAGGAUAAACUCGCGCUUAAUGUGCCUAAUAAUGAAACAUUUUUUUAAAUAUUUUUUAUCUAAAAAGAAAAAAAAGAUAAUUAAAUAUAUUGUAUUUAAUAAUAAUAUUAGCAAAAGUAUUAUUUAUAUUUUAUUAAUAUUUAAUAUGCAUUUAUUUUAUCUUUUUUAAUUAAUUAAAUUUUAUAAAUACUAUA